GGGACGCCAUUCCCACAAUGCUCUGGGCGUGCCGCCGCCGUAGCUGCCGCCUCCGCUGCCGCUAGUGGAAGAAGAUGGCGGAAGGCGGAGCGGCGGAUCUGGACACCCAGCGUUCUGACAUCGCGACGCUGCUGAAAACCUCGCUCCGGAAAGGGGACACCUGGUACCUAGUUGAUAGUCGCUGGUUCAAACAGUGGAAAAAAUAUGUUGGCUUUGACAGUUGGGACAAAUACCAGAUGGGAGAUCAAAAUGUAUAUCCUGGACCCAUUGAUAACUCUGGACUUCUCAAAGAUGGUGAUGCCCAGUCACUUAAGGAACAUCUUAUUGAUGAAUUGGAUUACAUACUGUUGCCAACUGAGGGCUGGAAUAAACUUGUCAGCUGGUACACAUUGAUGGAAGGUCAGGAGCCAAUAGCACGAAAGGUGGUUGAACAGGGUAUGUUUGUGAAGCACUGCAAAGUGGAAGUGUACCUCACAGAACUGAAGCUCUGUGAAAAUGGAAACAUGAACAAUGUUGUAACUCGAAGAUUUAGCAAAGCUGACACAAUAGAUACAAUUGAAAAGGAAAUAAGAAAAAUCUUCAAUAUUCCAGAUGAAAAGGAGACCAGAUUGUGGAACAAAUACAUGAGUAAUACAUUUGAACCACUGAAUAAACCAGACAGCACCAUUCAGGAUGCUGGCUUAUACCAAGGACAGGUAUUAGUGAUAGAACAGAAAAAUGAAGACGGAACCUGGCCAAGGGGUCCUUCUGCUCCUAAGUCCCCAGGUGCAUCCAAUUUUUCAACUUUACCAAAGAUCUCUCCUUCAUCUCUAUCAAAUAAUUAUAACAACAUCAACAACAGAAAUGUGAAAAACUCAAAUUAUUGUCUCCCAUCAUAUACUGCUUAUAAGAACUAUGAUUAUUCAGAACCUGGAAGAAACAAUGAACAGCCGGGCCUUUGUGGCCUAAGUAACUUGGGAAAUACAUGUUUCAUGAACUCAGCUAUUCAGUGUUUGAGCAACACACCUCCACUUACUGAGUAUUUCCUCAAUGAUAAGUAUCAAGAAGAACUGAAUUUUGACAAUCCCUUAGGAAUGAGAGGCGAAAUAGCUAAAUCAUAUGCUGAACUGAUCAAGCAAAUGUGGUCUGGAAAGUUUAGCUACGUCACCCCAAGAGCAUUUAAGACACAGGUAGGACGUUUUGCACCCCAGUUUUCUGGAUAUCAACAGCAAGACUGUCAAGAACUAUUAGCUUUCCUAUUAGAUGGACUACAUGAAGAUUUGAAUAGAAUUAGGAAAAAACCAUAUAUACAAUUGAAAGAUGCUGAUGGAAGGCCUGAUAAAGUGGUUGCUGAAGAAGCCUGGGAAAACCAUUUAAAAAGAAACGAUUCUAUCAUAGUAGAUAUAUUUCAUGGCCUUUUCAAAUCAACUUUGGUUUGUCCUGAAUGUGCUAAGAUUUCAGUAACAUUUGAUCCUUUUUGUUACUUGACACUUCCAUUGCCCAUGAAAAAAGAACGUACCUUGGAAGUUUAUUUAGUUAGAAUGGAUCCACUUACCAAACCUAUGCAGUAUAAAGUGGUUGUCCCCAAAAUUGGAAAUAUACUAGAUCUUUGCACAGCAUUAUCUACUUUGUCAGGAGUACCGGCAGAUAAGAUGAUAGUUACUGAUAUAUACAAUCAUAGAUUUCACAGAAUAUUCCCUAUGGAUGAAAACCUUAGUAGUAUUAUGGAACGGGAUGAUAUUUAUGUGUUUGAAAUUAACAUCAAUAGGACAGAAGAUACAGAACAUGUGAUUAUUCCUGUUUGCCUAAGAGAAAAAUUUAGACACUCAAGUUAUACCCACCAUACUGGUUCUUCACUUUUUGGUCAACCUUUUCUUAUGGCUGUCCCACGAAACAAUACUGAAGAUAAACUCUAUAAUCUUCUCCUUUUGAGAAUGUGCCGAUAUGUCAAAAUAUCUACUGAAACUGAAGAAACUGAAGGUUCCCUGCAUUGCUGUAAAGACCAAAAUAUUAAUGGGAAUGGCCCAAAUGGCAUACAUGAAGAAGGUUCACCAAGUGAAAUGGAAACAGAUGAACCAGAUGAUGAAUCCAGCCAGGAUCAAGAACUUCCCUCAGAGAAUGAAAAUAGUCAGUCAGAAGAUUCAGUUGGAGGAGACAAUGAUUCUGAAAAUGGAUUAUGUACUGAGGAAACUUGCAAAGGUCAACUCACGGGACACAAAAAACGAUUGUUUACAUUCCAGUUCAACAACUUAGGCAGUACUGAUAUCAACUACAUCAAAGACGAUACAAGGCAUAUAAGAUUUGAUGAUAGGCAGCUUAGGCUAGAUGAAAGAUCUUUUCUUGCUUUGGAUUGGGAUCCUGAAUUGAAAAAAAGAUAUUUUGAUGAAAAUGCUGCCGAGGAUUUUGAAAAACAUGAAAGCGUGGAAUAUAAACCUCCUAAAAAACCCUUUGUGAAAUUAAAAGACUGCAUUGAACUUUUCACAACAAAAGAAAAGCUAGGUGCUGAAGAUCCCUGGUAUUGUCCAAAUUGUAAAGAACAUCAGCAAGCCACAAAGAAAUUGGAUUUAUGGUCCCUUCCUCCAGUACUUGUGGUACAUCUCAAGCGAUUUUCAUACAGUCGAUACAUGAGAGAUAAAUUGGAUACUUUAGUUGAUUUUCCUAUCAAUGACUUGGAUAUGUCGGAAUUCUUAAUUAAUCCAAAUGCAGGUCCUUGCCGAUAUAAUUUGAUUGCUGUUUCCAACCAUUAUGGAGGGAUGGGAGGUGGACACUAUACUGCUUUUGCAAAAAAUAAAGAUGAUGGAAAAUGGUACUAUUUUGAUGACAGUAGUGUCUCCACUGCAUCUGAAGACCAAAUUGUGUCCAAGGCAGCAUAUGUACUCUUCUACCAGAGACAAGACACUUUCAGUGGAACUGGCUUUUUUCCUCUUGACCGAGAAACUAAAGGUGCUUCAGCUGCCACAGGCAUCCCAUUAGAAAGUGAUGAAGAUAGCAAUGAUAAUGACAAUGAUAUAGAAAAUGAAAACUGUAUGCACACUAAUUAAUGAAAGUCCUAGAAGCCAUAAAAGAGAGACUUCCUGCUGGUGGUAUCUAUGGAAACGAAGUUACCCACCACAUUAAAACAAGUCUGAGAUGGGGAGUUUCAGAUAACCGAAUGUAAAUCCUUUAUCAGAUUUUAACUUGUGCAGUACUUGAAGUGAAACACAAUGAAAACUUUAACAGAAAUUGUCUCAUAAUACAUUUACAGUCUUGUAUUUACAAGCUAAAUAUAUAUAGGAAAUCACAAAUAAAUCCCUUUUAAGUUUGCUGCUGUUUUGAUGAAUUAUGUUUUCUUUAAUUUUUUGGAUGUGAGUUGAUGACAAAUGUUAAAUUUGUGGAUGUUGGUCAUUUAUUUUGCUCUGAUUAUACUGCAAGGAAACUAUGAACUUAGUUUUUGGAUAAUCUAGUUCAUGUGCAUUAGGCUGCCAUAUAUACUACUAUAAUGUUUAGCUGCAGUAUCAAUAUGGCCUAAAUACUGCAGUAGUGCUGGAAAACCAAAUUUUCAAAUCUAUCCCUGGUAAUCAAUAUGGGCCUAUUAAAAAACCAAGAAACAAUCUUGAUAAGUCAUUUCCUUUUUUAGUAUCAUUAAAUAUCCAGUCUAUUAUGUUCAUCUUAUUGCCACUAUGGAAACAGGUUCUAGAUUUCACACUACAUUCUAAAAUCAUUUUUCAGUUACAUGUAAGUAUUUUUUACUGAUAUUGGAAUCUUAGAUAUUCAAAUUUUUCUUUACAUGCUGUAAGAUGCUGUCUUUAAUCUGGUGUUGGUCCAAAACUAAAUUUUUGCUGCCUGUUUUUCCCCCAUUUUUUGGUAAUUUGGCAAGUUUUAGCUCUCCCAAUUAUUGUAAUAUAAGGACAUACUUAGUAGUAUUCUGUAUCCAUAGUAAUAACUGCAUCAAGCUUAGAUGAGAGUUUUUUUUUUCAUAAACUAGCCUUUAAAUCAUAAUUGACAAUUGGCUAUAAAGGUAGGUCUGUUAACUUUCUUUGUGUGUUCCUGAUGGAAUUCACCAUAGCCUUACAGCUUUUCUCAGAAGGUAACUUGUUAUAAGAGCAAUGGCAUUUGCAUGUUCCAGAGUCAGAACCUGUACAGUAUAUAAAGCAUACAAACCUUGAAUUUGAUUUUAGUUCACCACAUUCAAGGAUCCAGGAUGCCAAAUAUAUGUGUGAACAUUUGAAGCAUUUUCAUUUGCUGCUUUUUUCCCUUUGAUCUAGUUGAAAGAAUGUAUUGUCGAUUGGCAUACAAAACUGCCUUUAAUAGAAAAUCUAAAUGCUGGGGCACAUUUCACAUAUCGACUACCUGAGAAAUUGCUUUGUGUCCCACUGUUAAUAAAGCAAAAAGUAUAAUGUUCUUCACUUGAACUAAUCAAAUACAAUAGAUUAUAAAUUGUGUAUUGUAAAUAAAAGUUCACUCUGUGAGUGCACAUUUUGGUAAAUUAUUUAUUUAUGUUAGCAUUUUAAAGUAAAGGAAAAAAAUUGCAUUUGACCAGGAUAAAUGAGGUAUGUUAAUCAUGGCUUUGCUUUAUACCUUGAUAUUAAAGCUGGUUUUUCAUCCUGGUAUUUUAAAAGCUGCUUUGGGUUUUUUUUCUUUUUUCUUUCUUUCUUUCAUUUUUUUUUUAAUGUAAACUAACCUCCUGCAUGACAGAGGUUAAAAUUUUGUCUGCACUUGGGUUCACUUGAGUUUACAUUUGAAAUGUGCAUGUUUAUUUAUACAGAUUUCAAUAAAGCUAUUCAAGGCCUUAUUUAGUCUUUUAUUUCUUACUCUGAAUAUUUUGAUAAAAUUUUUGUAUGAGUAGACGACUGUAUGCUAGACUUUUUAAUUAUAAUAUAGUUAAUAUUAGACAGGAAAGCAUGUCAGAACAAAGUGAAUCCUACUAUUAAAACAUGUUUUAAAGUAGAUUUUUUUAACUAAAAAAUUCAUUCACUAAAAAAAAUGUUUGUGUACCUGCCAAUCACUGUUCUGGAGUUUGGAGACAGAGAGUAAACAAAUAAUCUCUGCCCCCACAGAGCUUACAUUUUUUCUGCCCUCCACUAAUUAAUAGAUUGUAUUAUUUUUUUUAAGUUUAGAAAAGGUCCAAGUGAACUUUUUCAAGACCUAGAUUUAGUCUUUAUCCUAAUGCUCCAUAGAGACCACUUCCUUUUUUUAUGCCUGUCAUUAAUAAUAAUUAAUAACACCAUUGAAUAUGUCAAACUCAAAUGUCAUUUUCAGCUGCAAAAAAUAACUUUAAAAUUGUGCAAAAGGAUAAUAAUAUAACAUUAAAAGUAGAUAUCCAUAGGUAAUACAGGGUAGUACAAAUAUAUCUAGGUUAGAAUUCUUCUAGCCUUGCCAGUUAGUAAUUAUUUACUAUGGACCAGGCAUUUUAGUAAAGUGCUUACAUACAUUAUCUCAAUGCUACAACAGAUAUGUGGUAGGGACAGUCGUCAUCCUCACGUUUCAUAUGGAGAAACCAAGAUAUGAAGCAUUUAAGUAAUAUCCCCAAGUUCACACAAUUACUAUGUGGUACGGUAUUCUAAAGAUAUAUACUACCUCUCACUGUGUUAAAAUGUCUGCCUCAGGAUUGUUGAGAGUUAAUUUGAGAUCGUGUAUUUUAUGGGAAAGAGAUUUGUAAACUGUGUGUUAUCCUCAUUAAAAGUUUCUUUAGUCUGAAUGGAAAAUCA